CUUAGUACCAAUACUACGCAUGCAGGUCGUCUAAGACGCGCUGAGCGUACCCAUUCUCCCAUGGGUCUGUUGACCGGACCAAACCCGAGCCAACGGCCAUUUCCUCUCCCCAGCCUGCCCAAGUCUAUUCGGCGCCAGAUCUACGAGUGCCUCCCUGUCUGCACACGGCACGUCCCAGGUUAUCGAGACGACUCCGACGACAAUAUCUACAAAGACAAGCCCGUCGUCAUCUUAGUUCUACGCUACGUCGAGCGCGCUAUCGUACAAACUUACCGCCAGCUCGCCGCAGAAGCUGAGCCCGUCCUUGAGAUCAAGACCAUGAAACUCGGGCCGCCGCGUCUUAUCGCUAGCGUGGAGUAUUUGAAACGCAUAACGCAUGACUUGCAAUUUCUCCACCGCAUGCAGGACGACGCGAGCUGGCCGCGACUCCGUAUCUCGAAACAAGAUCUUGCGAACAAGACACUAGAAACUCAGAAGAUACUGAUGUGGGCGAGGAUAUUGCAACUGAACCUGCUGAGCGAGAAAUAUAUAUGCAUUGGCGUCUUCGUGGGAAAACGAGCCCAAGAAAGCGGCGGCCGCCAACUCUUGGACAACCUCGCAAUGCAGCUAGAACAAACCAUGGCAUUACAGUGGUGGUGCAAAGACUGUAGACACACUAGACCCAUGAGCCAGGUCGGAGUAGAGUGGAAGUGUGUCAUGGUCAAGGAUGCUACUUGGCCAGCUCUGCCGCCGGGAUGUAUAAUGGAGGCAAUCACUUGGAAUCGGGGUAAGCAGAGGGAGGACUAUGGUGUGUACGGCUUCGGACAACUGUGUCGGGAGGAUGAAGAGCAGUGGAAGAACGGCGUGAAGUUCCCAAAAUGGCGUGCAUAG